CAAUUAUUUGUAGUAAGAAAAAGAGUAGAACAAAUAAAUCCGGGCCUGCCCGCCCUCGUCUCCCUCCCUUUUCCGCCUCGAUACAUAGCUCUAGCUCUUCUUCCCUUUCCUUCCAAUCUCACUUCUCUGUCGGUCGCCAUUUUCGUCGCUCUUUCUUUACCCAUCUCUCGCUUUCACCGUAACUUGGAUUUCUCGAGGGUUUCUGGCCGCAUUUGCCUCUGUUUCAGCUUCCACAACUUGUAUGAUCUUGCACCCUUCAAGCUCUUCGAUACCAGUUCAUUUUGUUCUCCUUGUAAAGGCAGUAUGUUUUAGCCCCGGUUUUGGAUUUUUUGAAGCUUGAUUGUAGGAAUAAGGGCGCUGAGGGGGUGUCAAUCUAGUUGAGAUGUUAAGUGUUGUGGCUUUAUAAUUUCCAUGGCUGAUCGUAGAAAUGGUAAUAGCCAACCUUCCCAUGGGAAGGCCAGUGGAGCAGGGAAUACAUAUGAUAUUGAUCUAGUGAACUUUAGCACACGACUGAAAUCUUUAUAUUCUCAUUGGGGUGAACACAAAUCUGAUAUGUGGAGCUCUUCAGAUGUACUAACUAUCGGGACACCUCCAGCAUCAGAGGAUCUGCGAUACCUUAAGUCUUCAGCGCUGCAUAUCUGGUUGUUCGGUUAUGAGUUCCCAGAAACUGUAAUUGUGUUCACCAAAAAACAAAUUCAUUUUCUGUGUAGCCAAAAGAAGGUCUCUCUACUUGAUGUUGUAAAAAAAUCUGCAUUUGAUGCUGUUGGUGCGGAUGUUGUUAUGCAUGUGAAGGCAAAGAAUGAUGAUGGUUCUUCCUUAAUGGAUUCUAUAUUUCGUGCUAUUCGAGCUCAGUCGAAGGCAGAUGGCAUGGAAAACCCAGUAGUUGGAUACAUAGCUAGAGAAGCUCCUGAAGGGAAACUCUUAGAGACAUGGUCUGGGAAGCUAAAAAAUGCUAAUUUUGAAUUGGUUGACAUAACAAAUGGGUUAUCUGACUUAUUUGCUUGCAAAGAUGAUACUGAAAUUAUGAACAUCAAGAAAGCUGCGUUUUUAACGGUUAGUGUGAUGAAUAGAGUUGUGGUCCCAAAGAUGGAAAAUGUGAUCGAUGAGGAGAAAAAAAUCACCCAUUCUUCAUUGAUGGAUGAGACAGAGAAAGCCAUCCUGGAACCCACAAAAGCUGGCGUGAAGUUAAAGACUGAGAAUGUUGACAUAUGUUACCCUCCAAUAUUUCAGAGUGGUGGAGUGUUUGAUCUCAGGCCAAGUGCUGCCAGCAACGAUGAGUUACUUCACUAUGAUCCUGCUAGUGUGAUAAUAUGUGCAGUGGGGUCCAGAUACAAGAGCUAUUGCUCUAAUAUUGCCAGAACUUUCUUGAUUGAUGCCAAUACACUGCAAAGCAAAGCUUAUGAGGUCCUUUUAAAAGCCCAAGAAGUGGCCAUCAGUAUGUUGAGGCCUGGAAAUAAGGUGAAUGCUGCAUAUACAGCAGCUCUUUCUGUUGUUAAGAAAGAAUCUCCUGAGCUGGUUCCCAAUCUUACUAAAUCAGCUGGGACAGGCAUCGGUCUUGAGUUUCGUGAGUCGGGGUUGAAUCUUAAUGCCAAAAAUGACCGCAUAGUAAAAGCAGGCAUGGUGUUUAAUGUUUCACUUGGUUUCCAGAAGUUGACACCAACUGAUAAAUUGCAGAGUUCUGCAGGUAAAACGAAGAAUCAAAACUUCUCAUUAUUGAUUUCUGAUACAGUUAUAGUAGGCAAAGAGAAAACAGAAGUUCUGACCGCUCCAAGCUCAAAGAGUUUCAAGGACAUAGCAUAUUCGUUUAAUGAAGACGAGGAGGAAGAAGAAAAGUUGAAGGUAAAAUCUGAAGCUAACGGAAAGGAGGCAGUAGUCUCAAAGACAACUUUAAGGUCAGACAAUCAUGAGAUCUCAAAGGAAGAGCUCCGCAGACAGCAUCAAGCUGAAUUAGCCCGUCAGAAGAAUGAAGAAACAGCUAGGAGACUAGCUGGUGUUGGAAAUGGAGCUGGAGAUAAUCGUUCUUCUAUGAGAACUGCAGCGGACUUGGUUGCUUAUAAGAGUGUUAAUGAUUUGCCUCCUCAAAGAGAUCUAAUGAUUCAUAUUGACCAGAAGAAUGAAACUGUACUAUUGCCUAUUUAUGGUAGCAUGGUUCCGUUCCAUGUUGCUACUAUAAGGACUGUUUCCAGCCAGCAGGACACCAACCGCACUUGUUAUAUUAGAAUAAUUUUCAAUGUUCCCGGGACUCCUUUCAGUCCUCACGAUGCAAAUUCAUUGAAAUUCCAGGGAUCUAUAUACUUGAAGGAGGUUUCAUUCCGCUCCAAAGACCCAAGACACAUCAGUGAAGUAGUACAGCUAAUUAAAACAUUGCGGAGACAGGUUGUUGCUAGGGAGUCUGAGAGAGCAGAGAGGGCGACAUUGGUUACACAGGAGAAGCUCCAGUUAGCUGGUAAUCGUUUCAAGCCGAUAAGAUUGCCGGAGCUUUGGAUUCGCCCCGCUUUUGGUGGACGUGGGAGGAAGUUACCUGGGACUUUGGAAGCACAUUUGAAUGGGUUUCGUUAUGCUACCACCAGAUCAGAGGAACGGGUGGACAUUAUGUUUGGUAAUGUCAAGCAUGCAUUUUUUCAGCCAGCUGAGAAUGAAAUGAUCACUCUACUUCAUUUUCAUCUGCACAACCAUAUAAUGGUGGGGAAUAAGAAAACCAAAGAUGUACAGUUCUAUGUUGAGGUGAUGGAUGUUGUCCAAACCAUUGGAGGUGGAAAGAGAUCAGCCUAUGACCCAGAUGAGAUCGAGGAAGAGCAGAGGGAGAGGGACAGGAAGAACAAAAUAAACAUGGACUUUCAGAGUUUUGUAAACCGUGUCAAUGAUCUUUGGGGCCAGCCCCAAUUCGGUGGUCUUGACCUUGAGUUUGAUCAGCCUCUGAGAGAGCUUGGAUUUCACGGAGUUCCUUAUAAAUCUUCUGCCUUUAUUGUCCCAACCUCAACCUGCUUGGUUGAACUUAUAGAAACACCUUUCCUUGUUGUCACUCUUGGUGAAAUUGAAAUAGUAAAUCUAGAGAGAGUUGGCUUCGGACAGAAGAAUUUUGACAUGACAAUUGUGUUUAAAGAUUUCAAGCGAGAUGUUCUUCGGAUUGAUUCUAUCCCUUCCACGUCACUGGAUGGUAUCAAGGAGUGGCUUGAUACAACAGACAUUAAAUAUUAUGAAAGUAAGCUGAAUUUGAACUGGCGACAAAUUCUUAAGACAAUUACUGAAGAUCCACAGAGCUUCAUUGAUGAGGGUGGAUGGGAAUUCUUGAAUUUGGAAGCUACUGACUCUGAAUCUGAAAACUCUGAGGAGUCAGAUAAGGGUUAUGAACCAUCAGAUGUUGAGCCUGAAUCUGACUCAGAAGAGGAUGAUUCUGAUAGUGCAUCGUUGGUGGAGUCGGAAGAUGAGGAAGAAGAAGAUUCUGAUGGUGAUUCAGAGGAGGAGAAAGGGAAGACGUGGGAAGAGUUGGAGAGGGAAGCAAGCAAUGCAGACAGGGAAAAGGGUGAUGAGUCAGACAGCGAAGAAGAGAGGAAGAGAAGGAAGAUGAAAACUUUUGGGAAGUUUCGAGCUGGUCCUAGUGGUAAUGCCCCCAAGCGGCCGAAGAUGAGAUGAAUUCCAUAGGGCACCAUUUUUAUUUUAAUAUUAUGUGGUUUUUGUGGAUUAGAUUUAGAUCUAGUUCUUUAGCAAGAUACUGCCUUGUGUAAUUCAGUUGUCCUGACAUUGGUUGCAAUAUAAUCCUUUAGCUGUUGGGUGAAGAGUUUUAUGAUCAAUUGGUAGUAUGUUUAAUUAGUAACAUUCCGUUGUAAAUUUUUAGAAUCGGUUUAGAUGGAAGUCAUCCAUUUUCGACAGAUUGACACAAAGCUGAUUUCCGAUCUGAUGUCUGUCUGUAUCGCAACAGAAAGCAGAUUUUUAUGUGGUUCAGUUUAGUCCGUACUGUGGUUGUGCUUUUUCCUCAUGAAACUACUGUUCACUACA